UCUGGAAACUGAUCGCUGAAAGAAAGUUAAAAUAACUGAAGCACCACUAAGCCAAGGGGGGCUGAUUGCAGAAGAGGGUAAACAAUUACUGAGACUCUAGAAGACCACUGCUGGAUGUAAGGGGAGGAAAUGGCUUUGAUCUCCGCCUGGCCCCUCGUUUCUCCUAUAUUAUUCUUUUUGAGAUGCUUCUCCUCCAGUGCAGCCUCAACUGAGGGAAGCGUUUUUCAGUUUGACAUUGAAGGUAGCUCAGCGGUCAGCGAGCAAGAAGCCACUGUUAUCAGAGGGCAGCAGCAGGCAGUAGCUACUGGAAGUUGGGUGCCUUUUGCUGAGAGAUGCCAAGAAGGAUUUUACCGUACCAGCUCAGGAAAAUGCUCUCCUUGCAACUGUAAUGGUAAUGCAAACAGAUGCCUUGAUGGAUCUGGAAUCUGUGUGGGCUGCCAGAGAAACACAACAGGACAGCACUGCGAGCAGUGUCCAGAUGGCUUCAUUGGUGAUGUUGUCAGAGGAGUGCCCACGUUCUGCCAGCCCUGUCCCUGCCCCCUGCCAGCACUUGCCAACUUUGCAGUGUCCUGUUACAGAAAAAGUGGAAGCGUGCGCUGUGUCUGUAAGGAAAACUAUGCAGGACCCAACUGUGAAAGGUGUGCACCUGGUUACUAUGGGAACCCUUUGCUUAUUGGAAGCACUUGCAAAAAAUGUGACUGCAGUGGCAACUCAGACCCAAACCUGAUUUUUGAAGACUGUGAUGAAGUGACGGGCCAGUGUCGCAACUGCCUGCGCAACACCACCGGGUUCAAGUGUGAACAAUGUGCUCCGGGUUACUAUGGGGAUGCCAGAUUUGCUAAAAACUGUACAGAAUGUAACUGUGGAGGGAGAAUGUGUGACAGCAAAACUGGAGAAUGCCUAGCAGACAGUCCUGAACUUUCUACUGGCACAGACUGCCCAACCAUCAGCUGCGAUAAAUGUAUCUGGGAUUUAACAGAUGACAUCCGAUUAGCAGUGCUGGCUAUUGAUGAAAACAAAGCAACUUUACUGAGCAUUUCCACAGGUGUUGCAGCUCAGAAGCGCUUGAAUGACUUGAACCUCACUGCCACCCAUCUUCAGGCAGCAAUGUCUGAAAAAAAGAACCAUGCUGUACUUUGGACCAUCCAGGUUGAUGAUGCUUCAGAUGAAAUGAAUGAUCUCUUGAGAGAGGCAGCAACACUUGAUGAACAGGGAAAUGAAGCAUCCAGCAAAGGCCGACUGAUACACAAGGAAACCAUGGAGACCAACAACGGUGCUACUCAGCUUGUGCAGCAGCUCAGUAACAUGAGGGAUAACAUUCAAGAAAUCAGCAGUAAGAUGAAAUAUUAUGCAGUUCAACAAGAGCUGAGCCCUGAAGAAAUUGCUCAGAAGCUGAAUGUGGCUGAGGAGAUGCUGAAGGAGAUCAAACGCCGUAAGCCGUUCACUAACGAGAGGCAACUUGCAGAUCAGGAGGAAAAUGCAGCAAAAGAGUUGCUACAGCAAGUUGAAGAGUUUCACGAGAGGUACAAUGACACCAGAUCUCUAGUAUCUGAUGUGCUGGAACAGCUCAGUGAACAGGAUGUGAAGCUGUCAGACCUGGAGGAGGCAUUAGACCAAGCACUUAACUAUGUUAUACAAACAGAGGAUAUAAAUAAGGAAAACACAGCCAGUCUUGGAAGGCAUGAGAUAAAACAAGAGAAAAUAAAAGAGCAAGGAGAUGAAGUGAACAGCAUCCUGCUAAGUGCCAGAACUAUUCUGGAAGGACCACAAAGGGUAAACUCUGAGUUAAGCGAGGUAAUAAAGAAUGCAUCAGGAUUCUACGCGGAAAUAGAUGGAGCGAAAAAGGAACUGCAAGAAAAACUGGCCAACCUGUCUAUGUUUGAUGAUGGUUUGGUAGAAAAGGCCAUGCAUCAUGCACACAGCCUGAGAGAACUUGCUGAUGAGUUGGACAGGAAAUUGUAUGGUGUUGAUACAAAUGGCUUGGUACAAAGGGCAAUAAAUGCUUCAAAUGUGUAUGAAAACAUUGCUGGUUAUAUUGAAGAAGCUAACAAAGCUGCAUUGCUGGCACUGAACACAACAAACCGGGUCAAGGAUGCUGCAGGUGGAAUUGAUACUCAGGUUGUUUACCAUAAAGGUAAAAGCGAAGAACUUCUUAAACGAGCCAUGGAACUGCAACGGACAGCAGAAGACAGUAACGAUUUAACUAUUGCAGACACUACCCAGCACGUUAAUGGCACUUUUGCCAGAAUGAAUGCUCUGCGAAGCCACCUGAUGAGAGCCAUCACAAAAAUGCAAUCAGCAGAGCAAGCAAACACCAGAGAGCGUUUGGAGCAAGCUAAACUGAAGACUGAAGAGGCUCUAAGUGCUACCAUGGCAGUAACACAAGCUACAACCCCCAUGGAUGAGAAUGUCAGGUUGUGGUCUCAAAACCUGCAAGAUUUCCAGCACAAUUCAAUGGAAUAUGACAGUGCUGUGCAUUCAGCUGGGGAUGCAGUGAAGAAACUUACAGAAGUCUUCCCUCAACUCCUGGACAAACUGCGCAUGGUAGAACAGAAAGCACCAGCAAACAAUGUUUCUUCCAGUAUUCGGCGGAUCAGAGAGUUAAUUGCUCAAACCAGGAGUGUAGCAAGUAAGGUCCAGGUUUCUAUGAUGUUUGGAGGACAAUCAGCUGUUGAAGUCAAUCCAAAGAUCAACGUGGAGGAACUGAAGUCUUUCACUUCCAUGAGCUUGUACAUAAAGUUAGAGAAAGACAACCCACAACUGGCAGCAUCUCCAGACAGAUUUAUUUUGUACCUCGGAGACAAAAAUGCAAAAAAUUACAUUGGUCUUGCAAUUAAAAAUGACAACCUUGUGUACAUUUAUAAUCUGGGGGGCCAAGAUGUGGAGAUACCUCUGGAUGCCAAGCCAGUCAGCACCUGGCCGUCUUACUUCAGCAUCAUCAAAACUGAGAGGAUUGGAAGGCACGGCAAGGUAUUUUUAACUGUGCCAAGUCUUAGCAGCACAGCAGAAGAAAAAUUCAUCAAAAAGGGAGAAGUUCUUGGUCCUGACUCCCUUCUGAAUUUGGAACCUGAAAAUGCUGUUUUCUAUGUUGGCGGAGUGCCUCCAGACUUCAAGCUCCCUCCCAGCUUAAACCUUCCUGGCUUUAUCGGCUGCCUGGAACUGGCUACCCUGAACGAUGAAGUGAUCAGUCUGUACAACUUCAAGCACGUCCAUAACAUCGACACCACCACAUCGCCACCUUGUGCCAGAAAUAAGUUGGCUUUCACACAGAGCCGGGCUGUGAGCUAUUUCUUUGAUGGCUCUGGCUAUGCUGUGGCCAGAAAUAUUGAGAGAAGGGGAAGAUUCAGCCAAGUGACUCGGUUUGACAUAGAAGUUCGAACACCCACAGACAAUGGAUUGAUCCUGCUGAUGAUUAAUGGGAGUAUGUUCUUCAGUCUAGAGAUGCAGAAUGGUUUCUUGUACCUCCGUUACGAUUUUGGUUUCAGCACCGGCCCCGUGCUUCUAGAAGACUCCAUGAAGAAGGCUCAGAUUAAUGAUGCUAAAUUUCAUGAGAUUUCUAUUAUAUAUCACAAUUCUAAGAAGAUGAUCUUGGUAGUUGACAGGCGACAUAUAAAAAGUGUAGACAAUGAAAGAACAGCAAUGCCAUUCACAGACAUUUACAUUGGAGGAGCACCUACUGAGAUCUUGCACUCCAGCAUUAGCUCACAACUGACAGGAAGCACUGGCUUUAAAGGCUGCAUGAAGGGUUUCCAAUUCCAAAAGAAGGAUUUCAACUUGUUAGAAGAACCCGGAACCCUGGGAAUCAGCUACGGGUGCCCAGAGGAUUCACUGAUGUCCCGCAAAGCAUAUUUUAAUGGAGAGAGCUUCAUUGCAUCAAGCCAAAAAGUGUCCCUCUUUAAUGAAUUUGAAGGAGGCUUUAAUUUCAAGACACUGCAGCCCAGCGGGCUGCUUUUCUACUAUACUGAAGGAUCAGAUGUACUAUCCAUCUCUAUGGACAGAGGUGCUGUGGUUUUAAAUGCAAGUGGAACCAAAAUUCAAUCACCCGACCGAAAUUACAACGAUGGAAAAACUCACUUCAUCAUUACUUCUAUCACCCCAGAAAGAUAUGAGCUGACUGUUGAUGACAAGAAACAAAGCAAGAAGAACCCAGCAAAGGACAGAGCAGGCAAAAGCCCAGACAAUGACAAGAAGCUUUAUUUUGGUGGCUCUCCCCUCAGAACACAGCAAGCCAACUUCACAGGCUGUAUAAGCAACGCUUAUUUCACUAGGCUGGAUCGAGAUGUUGAAGUGGAAGAUUUCCAACAGUACUCUGAGAAAGUUCAGGCUUCUUUUUAUGGAUGCCCUGUUGAAUCUCCUCCACUGGCUAUUCUCCACAAGAAAGGAAAAAACUCAUCAAAAGCCAAAGGAAACCGUCAUAAAAAGGUGGGAAGAGAUAAAGACAAGAUUUCACAGCCUUCAAUUGGCCUCAAAAAGUAUCAAGAAGCAAAUACACAAGACACUCAUUGCCACUUGUCUAUGAACCCCAAGGCAACCAAACAUGCCUAUCAGUUUGGAGGAACAGCAAACAGCAGACAAGAAUUUGAUCACAUACCAAAGGAUUUCAAUGAAAGAGCUCAGUUGUCUAUCAGUCUGAAAACUCAGUCAUCUCAUGGGAUGAUUUUUUACGUCUCGGAUCAAAAAGAAACCAACUUCAUGGCCCUUUUUGUUGCUCAUGGCCGACUCAUUUUUAUGUUUAAUGCUGGUCAUCAGAAGAUAAGGAUGAAGAGCCAAGAGAAAUACAAUGAUGGCCUUUGGCAUAAUGUGAUAUUUAUUAGAGGCAAAAAUAUUGGUCGCUUGAUAAUUGAUGGUCUCCGAGUACUGGAAGAACCUUUCAGCAGUAACGCUAAUACCUGGCGAGUCACUGAGCCACUCUAUAUUGGGGGUGUAGCUCCAGGAAAAGCUGUCAAAAAUAUCCAGAUUAACUCUGUCUACAGUUUUAGUGGUUGUCUCAGCAAUUUACAGCUCAAUGGAAGAUCAAUUACUUCAGCUUCACAAACCUUUAGUGUAACACCUUGCUUUGAAGGCCCAUUGGAAGCAGGAACAUACUUUUCAUCAGAAGGAGGAUAUGUUGUCCUUGAUGAAUCCUUCAGUUUAGGCCUGAAAUUUGAAGUUGUUUUUGAAAUACGUCCCCGAAGCAGCUCAGGCGUUCUACUGCAUGGUCACAGCGUGAAUGGAGAGUAUUUGAACAUGCACAUGAGAAAUGGACAGGUUACUGUGAAACUGAAUAAUGGAAUCAGGGAUUUUUCAACUUCAGUGACACUGAAACAGAGUCUAUGUGAUGGCAAGUGGCACCGAAUUGCAGUUAUUAGAGAUGCCAAUGUGGUGCAGCUGGAUGUAGACUCUGAAGUCAACCAUGUGGUAGGGCCACUAAAUCCAAAGGCAAUUGACCACAGGGAGCCAGUGUUUAUUGGAGGUGUACCAGAGUCUCUGCUAACAUCCAGCCUGACUACACGCAACUCCUUCAUCGGCUGUAUUCGUAACUUCAUGGUUGAUGAAAAACCAGUGAGUUUUAGUAAAGCAGCUUUGGUUAGUGGUGCUGUAAGCAUUAAUACAUGUCCAGCAGCCUGAUAGUGCACUGCAUCAAUCCUGCAAAGUUCCUUAGACCAGAAAAAGAAAAGAGAAUAAAAGAAGCUGUGUUCAUCGAGAGAGGAAGAAUGAAAAUAUCAAGGAUUCUUCUACAGAAAAUAAUAUAUUUAAGGGUCAGUUCUAACGUGUAUCUGCAAACACAAAUCACUGAAGAAUAAAGGGCUGUUGCUUCUGCACUUCUCUUACUACACCACAAGAGUGAGCUUCACCAUUUCUUAUAGUUUAACUGUGGCCAGUCUGUGAUAUGAAAACGUGGGAGUAUAAUAGAAAUUAAAAUUAUAUUAAAUAUUUACUUUCAAGAUAGAUCCUCCACAUCAUUUCAUUCCAUACCUUAGGUCACUGUUUUACAGGAAGAGAUCUGCUAAUGCACAUGAAAGAAUAAAGCUAGGCAAUAGACUUAUAUUGCAUAUCACUGUGUUCAAAGAUUUUUUAAAUUUUAUUUUCUAUUCAACUUGUUUAUAUGUUGCUCAGUUAAAAUGGAGGGCAGAGAGCGUACCAAUUAUGUAGUUUUACCAACCAUAAAAACCUAAAAUUUUUAUUCGACUUCAAGAUUUCAUGGAUAUGUUAUAGAACAAAUUAAAGAUAGGGCAUAUAUCUUUUAAGACAUACACUUUCUAUAAAUUAUCAUUUACCUAAACUAGGUAACUUCAGAGCAAUACUUGCCUAAUCUUGGAAGAGACAAAAUUCAAAACUUCAAGUUUUUUCUCUAUAUUUUUAAAUGCACUUACAUACAAACACAGCAUUUAAAUCACAAUCCCAUUAUGACCUCUUUUACACUGAUAUAACACAAAUAUGAAGCAUAGAAAGAAUACUCACAGAUUCAAGCAAAUCCCUUAUCAUAUACAAUUAUCACCUCCUUAUGAGACUGCUGCAGGACUUCAGGACAGCAGUAAUCCUCAAACUAGGAAUAUGUUCCUGUGGAAUGUAGAAGAUGCACUGCUGCAGAGGAACUGGGAGUGAAACAGGAAGAUGUAAACAGAAGGCAAAAGGAUGCAAACCUGACCUAUGUUAAAACCAUAGAAGGUAGAUGGAAGUUAGUACUAGGCUUUAGCUCACACUAGGCUUGAACAUCAAACAAGUCACUUGCAAAGUUUAAUUUCUUCAGUGACAACCUACAAGGCAUCAAAGCCAUUUAAGUUCCUUGUCUUUAAAGAACAAACUACUGUUGAUAGUAAGUUUUUUGACUGAUGGGCAAAUUACUGUUGAAAGUAACUAAAAAAUUGACCAGCUACAAAGCAGGAAAGUAUGAAAAUUGAAAAUAAAGGACACCACCUUACAGACUAAAAAAUAACAGGAGCUUAUCUGGAAAACAUAACAGUGACAACUGGAAUUAAAAAAUCUUGAAUCUAUGGACAGCUGGAGGAACCACCAGAACAAGAUCCCUAUGUAAACACUGAUCAGUAGCUUUUAUACUACUCUAGAAGUAGGAAAAGUGUUUUGACAUUGGCUGACAAUGAAUGGUCUUGGCUUACCCUGGAUAAAGAACUGCAAGCUCUGGACAGACUGGCACAGAACCUCUCCAGCGGCUGGGACCACUGCCUCUCCACUUUUCUCUAGAGUUCAGUGGUGGGUGGGAAGUAGACAAGAGAAAGUGGUGUGGCUCCAGCAGCCACUGCUUCUCCUUCCACCAGCCUUGUCAGCCCUGCUCAUGUUUUCAGCCCCAUGCCUAUUCUAACUGCUUCUCCUGGACACAUCUCCUAUUCUGUUCCCUGCAGCUCUGAGGUAAUAGCCUCCCAAGACUGGCUUCCUUCCAGACAACCAUAGGGAGUCUCUUGCUCCUAGGAGUGGUGUACAGCCCCCUCUUUUUAUCACUCCAUAGCCAACUGUUUGUACUUUGUACAAGCAGUAAUUGUCCCCCUCUGCAGUCUCUCUGAAUCAAGCACAUCAGGGGUCUCCAAAUCCAGUUGCCUUCAAGUGACAUCUUUGUGUCAGGCAGCAAAACCAGUGUGCCUACUCAACUCUUUCCUGCUCCCAGCUACUACACAGACUCUGACUAGAAAACAUUUAAGGCUUUUCAUCUGGGCUUUAUUUUAUUUUGUUUAAUUGGGGUUGAGAGGGAAUGUCCUCAGGUCAGUGAGCUGGGUUCCCAGUUCCCGGAGGCUGUGCAUGGCAUCAGGGCUGUGCAGCUGGGAGAAGCUGGAAAAAAAAAAAAAAAAAAAAAAA